CAGCUUUUAUUCAUUCUGUUGUAACAAUUUGUCAAACACUUUGUGGUCCCGUAGACCUUAUGUUCCUCCCACUUGUAGCAAAGCGAGUGGACAUAUUCUCACCCGAUCUUGUACCUCAAUAAUUGAGAGAGGGAGAAUAGAAAAUGAUAAAAACCUGUAUAAUGGAGUGCAUUCAUUCAUUUCUCUAAGUACCCAACCCUCAUUAAACAAAAGUAAGCUAGAAAUUUGGCCGUGAACUCUCUGAAAUCUCCAAUACCUGCUUCUUAAUUUCUUGAGGAGAUAGCCAUGGUGCUGGAUGCUUUAGCUGGAACCAUAGUCAGCAACGUGGCUGAUGUACCUUAAGGAGAAGGUGGUAACUGUCCUGGGCGUGAAAGAUGAGCUCAAGAGGCUGCAGCGGAUGAUGGAGAGGAUCAAGCAUGUGCUUCUUGAUGCUGAGAGAAAGCGCAUCCAUUCGGAGUCCGUUGCAGGGUGGGUGAGGGAGCUCAAAGAUGUCAUGUCCGAUGCCGAUGACGUAAUUGACCUAUGCAGGCACGAGGGUGGGAAAUCGCUUGAAGGCCAGACGUCUACAUCAUCUGAUUCAUCAACGAUAUGUUGCAGCAACCCUCGCUUAUUCUCUUGCUUCACUAGCAUCCGUCUCCGCCAUGAGAUUGGUGACAUGAUCAAGAAACUAAAUGAGAGAUUGGACGAGAUAUCUAGAGAUAUGUCUGGCCUUAACUUAGUGAGGAGUGAACCAGAUACUCGAGUCACACAGUUGAUCCUCGAUCGUCAGACCUCGUCUAUCAUAGAUACGUCUGAUAUCGUGGGGAGGGGCGUUGAACGUGCUACAAACGAUCUGGUAGAGAGUAUAGUUAAAAAAGACGAAAGAAAACUUCAAGUCUUUGUUGUUACCGGAAUGGGCAGAAUAGGGAAGACUACUCUGGCUAAAAAUAUCUUCAAUCACCCAAUAGUAGAGUCUGAGUUCUCAACAAAGAUAUGGGUCUACAUAUCACAAAAUUACUCAGAGACCUCUUUGCUCAAGGAGAUAAUAAGCGGAGCAGGAGGAGUUCAUGGUGAUUUGCAAACUAAAGCAGAACUCGAACCUCUUCUGAAGGGCGCGGUUUCGGGAAAGACUUUCGUUUUGGUGCUAGAUGAUGUGUGGCGAGCAGAUGUCUGGGGUGGUUUACUACUUAAUCCACUACAGAGCGGAGCUGUUGCUUGGCAGAUGGGGGAGGUGCACAUCCAUCCCAUGGAACAAUUGCCGCCAGAAUCUGGCUUGGGAAAUGCUCUGCAAGAGCUUAUAUGUCACCGGAGAGGAGGAGGAAAUGCAGGGUCUGAGAGAUGGAGGGGCUUAAUUGUUGGAAAAUGUGAUGGCCUCCCUCCGACAAUUAAGAGCAUCGCCGGUGUUUUAACAACAAAAGGGAGAAAUUCGAGGGAAUGGGAAAAAGUUCUGAGAAAGGAUCUAUGGGCAAGCUACCUAAAGAUUCUGAGAAAAUGUUUUCUUUAUUGCUCUUUAUUACCUGAGGGUUUUCGAUUUCCUCGUGCUGGGCUCGUGCGACACUGUGCAGCUGAAGUAUUUGCAGAAACGCAAAGGAUUCUUUCUGAACUAGCCGGGGAGUGUUUCGAAGAGCUAGUUAGAAGGCAUCUUAGUAUCUAUGAAGAAGUGCGAGGUUAUUAUAAAAUGCACGAUCUCUUGCGGUCACUUGCUCGGUUUCUGUCACAGGAUGAAAGCUUUUGUGGAGAAGCACAGGAAUUAACUACAGUGUCCGCCACGACGAAACUUCUACGUCCGACACUUACGGACGGAGGAGGAGGUCCGCAGAAUGGGAGGAUCCACCAGCUGCUGAGUACAGCGAAGGAGAGGUCCGCAGAAUUCAGGAUGUGUUUGAGGAGCUGGCCCCACCGCCAUGCCUGGAAAAGUUACACCCUCAGCUGCUCUAAAGGGUUCAAAUCUUCCAAGCUGCAGCCUUGUCCCCCUCCUCCCACAACAAAGCCGUUGAAGUGGUUUAACCGCUCUAAUCUUCCCACUCCGGAUGGUACAAAGGACAGUUCAGUCAUCUUGACUUUAAUAAUUUUUAAAUUGCACAACCGAGUAAUGCCUUUGGGAAGACUGUGGAGUGAUGAACACAAAAUGAGAUUUAGAACCAGGAGAUUCAUAAGGUUCCUUAUUGACUCCGGCAAGCUGGAUAUAUUUGUGGAGCUAAGGUUCCUUAUGAAUCUUCUGGUUCUAAAUCUCAUUUUGUGUUCGUCACUCCACAGUCUUCCCAAAGACAUUACUCGGCUGUGCAAUUUAAGAAUUAUUGAAGUCAAGAUGACUGAAUUGUCCUUUGUACCAUCCGGAGUGGGAAGAUUAGAGCGGUAACACUUCAACGGCUUUGUUGUGGGAGGAGGGGGACAAGGCUGCAGCUUGGAAGAUUUGAACCCUUUAGAGCAGCUGAGGGUGCUGGAAAUAUAUAACUUAAAGGAGACAGUGGUAGCACAGAAGGGAUGGCAUGUGCUUGGGAAUAAACGUCAUCCCAAGGAAUUAAAAUUGGCCUGCACUAAAAAAGAAUGGGAGGAUCCACCAGCUGCUGGGUACAGCGAAGGAGAGGUCCGCAGAAUUCAGGAUGUGUUUGAGGAGCUAGCCCCACCGCCAUGCCUGGAAAAGUUAGAUAUCGUGGGAUACUUUGGUCGUCAGCUUCCAAGUUGGAUGAUGUAGCCACCAUCGUUGGGUUCUCUCCACCUUCCCCAUCUCACGAGUUUGUACCUUUAUAGAUGCGGAAACGCCGUGUGGCUUCCUCCUCUUGGCUUGUUGCUUGAAUUGAGAUAUCUCGCUAUUUUGUUUGCCGAAGCGGUUGUACCCCUUGGCUCAGAGGUUUUUGGGAGCGGCUCUACACCGGUGUUCU